AUGUCAGUUACGAAUGAUGCACUUACAGCGCAAGUCAAUGGACUUGAUGGAAUUGUCAAGACUUUGCAAGCUGAAUCCAAGAAGCCACAGAAGAAGGUGAUGGGUAAGCAUAUCUCAAACGACCACCCUGCCCUAAAACGCUUAAUUCAGCCAAUGUUUUGUGAUCUCUGUGGGAUUGAAUCAUCCAUGGGGAGAAACAAACAUACAGAAGCACUAAUGAAGGUAAAACUGUUAGGAAAUGGUCAUGCUUAUGAGAUGCACCAGGGUGAGGAAAGAGAUGAGGAAGGAGGUGGUAAAACCUGGCACCCGAAUUGGUUAGGUCAUGUCGACGAAGCUGUGAAUGCUAUGUUCAUCAAAGAAAUAAUUGACCAUGUCUAUAACAAUGAGAAGUGUCACCGUGAAAGUCCAAACCUAAAGGCUGAGGUACCUGACAAAGACUUUGAUAUGCAAGUCAUUAUGCAGUGCACGAAGGAUUAUUUUCGCAACAUACACAAGCAGGCAAUGUGCUGUAGCAACACAUCGAAAGCUCAAAAGGCUGAACAGAAGAAGGAACAUGGACGUCAAAGGGCACAUCGUGCAGCAGUUACAAAGAGCCGUCAUGCAACUGCAGUUAUCUAUGAGAAAGAGACAGGGAGGGAGGGUGCAGUUGCGAUGAUUGAUACUGAUUUUGCAUCAGACAUUUUGUCUUACUCAGAAGAUGACUUGAGUGAAGACACAUUAACCAGGUGGAUGAAGUCAGGAGCAGGGAACUUGGCAAAUAUGGUUCUCACUAAAUAUAAAUCAGGGAACAAUAAAGCUACCACUGUGGACACUGACAAAAUAAACACCAUUCAGCCUCCAAAAAAGCAUCACAAAACUGCAGAAGGGGGCACUAGGUUGAAGAGAAUUGUGAAAAAGAUGUUUGACAUCAGCCCGGAGCAAAUGAAUGAGGACGCACCGUCAUCUGCCAAAAAGAACUUGCUGUUUGAAAACAUGGUUGCGGACAGCUGGAAGAAUAGCCAUCCAGACAUGGAGAUGCUUGAGGGAGUUCCAUGGCUCAAGGGAUUCUGGGCUUCAUUGACAAGAGAUGAUCUGAUAAAGGAGGACUACGAGUAUUUGGAAGAGCUGGGGGAGUGGCACAAACAAAAGGGUGAUGAAGGUGACAAGAGUGGCGACCAGUGA